AUGAAGAGUUGUCACCAUACACUUCUGCUAUUACUACCCUUGACGACGUCGUUUGUUUUCCAGUCUUUUACAUCAGUAGCCGGUGAUCAUUCAGGUUCAUUCUACGAGACCUUUCUCAAAUGUAUGUCCCACAGAAACUCAUCUGAUCGCGUCUCAUCAAUACUCUACAACCCAAACAAUUCUUCAUAUACAUCAACCUUACAAGCCUACAUCAGAAACAAAAGGUUCAAUACAUCGACUACACCCAAACCCAUAAUAAUCGUCACCCCAUUACACCAAACCCAUGUCCAAUCCACAAUCUUUUGCUCCAAAAACCUAUCGAUAAACCUCAGAAUCCGAAGUGGUGGCCAUGAUUUCGAAGGACUCUCUUACGUCUCCUACACUCGUCACUUUCUUUUACUCGACAUGUCUAAUCUUAGAACAAUCGAUGUCAAUAUCACAGAAGAAACCGCCAUAGUUGAAGUCGGCGCCACCAUUGGAGAGCUUUAUUACAGAAUAUGGGAGAAAAGUAAAGUCCACGCCUUCCCCGCCGGAGUUUGCUCGACUGUAGGAAUCGGCGGGCAUAUAAGCGGAGGUGGAUAUGGAGUUUUGAUGCGAAAAUACGGACUUACAGUGGAUAAUAUUGUCGAUGCGAUCAUAGUUGAUGUUAAUGGUAGAGUUUUGGAUAGAAAAUCAAUGGGGGAAGAUCUUUUUUGGGCUAUACGAGGAGGUGGUGGCGCAAGCUUUGGAGUCAUACUGUCGUAUAAACUACGACUCGUCGGAGUUCCGAAAACUGUCACCGUUUUCCGAGUAUCAAAAUCGUCGGGAGAAAAGGGUAUUGAUAUCGUUGACAGGUGGCAGUAUGUAGCUGACAAGAUUGAUCGAGAUCUUUUCAUUAGGUUAUAUAUAAAACCAAAUAACGGCAAGAAGACGAUGGAAGCGGAGUUUACUGGGUUUUUUCUAGGAGAUUCCGAUCGACUUGUUUCCGUUAUGAACAAAGGAUUUCCCGAAUUGGGUAUACAAAAAAACGAUUGCAAGGAAAUGAGUUGGAUUGAAUCGGAGCUUUUCUGGUCAAGCACCGAUAAAGCACCGGUGGAGGUUUUGCUAGACCGGAGUCUUUUCACGUCACACUAUGCAAAACGGAAGUCGGAUUUCCUACAGAUUCCGAUUCCUAGAGAUGGAAUGGAAUCUUUAUUCCGGAAAAUGAUGGAAUUACGUGUUGUUGGACUUACGUUCAACCCAUAUGGUGGAAGAAUGAGUGAAAUCCCGGAUUGGGAGACUCCAUUCCCGCAUCGAGCUGGGAAUAUUUUCAAACUCCAUUAUGGUGUGAAUUGGAAUGAAGAAGGGAGUGAAUUAGCGGCUUACUAUGUGAAUCAGACGAGAGUUCUUUAUGAUUUCAUGACUCCGUUUGUGUCUAAGGAUCCGAGAGGAGCGUAUCUUAACUAUCGGGAUCUUGACAUUGGUGUUAGCCGUGUUGGGAACAAUAGCUAUUCGGAAGGGAAAGUUUAUGGAGAAAAGUAUUUUAAGGGCAAUUUUGAUCGAUUGGUGAAAGUGAAGACGAUGGUUGAUCCAGGAAAUUUCUUCACAAAUGAACAGAGCAUUCCACCUCGAUUCGAUAGUAGAUAUAGAAGGAUGUUUAGGUGA